GUGAUCUCAUGCCAGUAUAUAUCUGACCUCCGUGGAGUGUAGUUGUGUAACAAUGAAAUUAUUUAUCUGUUUUUUGUUUUGUUUAUUUACAAAAUCACACGCUUGGGGACGCGGCGAUUUGGAAAAGUAUGGACCCUUCCAGAUGGCGCUGCAUUCGAAUUUGAUUAAAUGUGACCACGACAGAACGCUCAACCUUGACGUCAGCGAAAUUGACGUCUACUUCUACGACUUUCCUCGCAAUGACGUCGAAACGUUCCACAUCAAUGACGCAGCGAAAGGCAUCCUGGCCCUAAAGGAACUGGACAAAACAAGGAAAUUCAUCAUCUUCGUAGCUGGUUACAAGUCGAACAUAAACAAGAAGACAGAAGAGCGAAUGAGAGAUACGUUUAGAAACUAUCCAAAUAGCUAUUUGAUAAUCCUGGACCAUUCUCCAUACACAAAUAACAGGCAGGGCAACGUAAAGAGUUACGAAAGGUCUGUCAGAUAUAUCCAUUAUAUUGGCAAAGCGUUAGGGAACAUGCUAUCCGAAUUAGCAAAUGGAGGGAUAUCACCGAAAAAUAUGCAUUGUAUUGGCCACAGUUUGGGCUCACAAAUGUUGGCGCAUACUGGUGAAACUUUCUAUGAAAACACGGGUAAUAAGAUUUCAAGAAUCACAGCGUUAGAUCCAGCUGGGCCUUGUUUCUCUAAUAGUUUAAUACAAGAACAGAUUAGAGCCGGAGUGGCGGAUUACGUCGAAGUGUACCAUUGCAACGCUGGUGGUCUCGGAACAACGAGCGUUUUAGGAGACAUAGACUUCUUUAUAAAUAAAAAAGGUGCGGCACAGCCCAAAUGUGGGACACCAUUAAUCCCUGGUAUAUUCGAUUCGUCCAAAGCGGCUAAAUGCAAUCAUAGAGCCUGUAUUGAUAUUUGGACGUCUACGGUCAGUAAUCCAAAUUGGUUCUUAGCGUGGAAAUGCGACUCGUAUAAAUUGUUUAAGAACGGCGCGUGUGCUGCUAACGAAGUUACUAUCGCUGGCUUCUGGAACCCUGGUAAUGCGACCGGAGUUUUCUACUUCUCGACUGAUGGUUAUGAUGUACAAUAAAUUAUUUUUUAUUUUU